CCCGGCUUCCCCCGCGCGCCGACGCAGGGCGGAGCGGCUGGACUCCGCCCGGAGCCGGGAAGCGAAGCCCCUCCCGCCUGCUCGGCGCGGGAGCCCGGGGGCGUCAUGGAGCCCCGGGUGGUUGCGGAUGCUGUGGAGGCGGGAGAGGAGGACGUGAUUAUGGAGGCUCUGCGCACGUACAACCGAGAGAACUCCCAGAGCUUCACGUUUGAUGAUGCCCAGCAGGAGGACAGGAAGAGACUGGCGGAGCUGCUGGUCUCGGUCCUGGAGCAGGGCUUGCCACCCUCCCGCCGCGUCACCUGGCUGCAAAGCAUCCGCAUCCUGUCCAGGGACCGGAGCUGCCUGGACCCUUUCACCGGCCGCCAGAGCCUGCAGGCACUUGCCCGCUAUGCUGGCAUCGCCUUCGAGCAGUCGGCCCCGGAGCCUCUGGACAUGGACGUUGUACUCGAGUCCCUUAAGUGCCUUUGCAACCUCGUGCUCAGCAGCCCGGUGGCACAGGUGCUGGCAGCAGAGGCCCGCCUGGUGGUGAGGCUCGCAGAGCGCGUGGGGCUAUAUCACAAGAGCAGCUUCCCACACGACAUCCAGUUCUUUGAUUUGCGCCUCCUCUUCUUGCUAACGGCACUUCGCACCGACGUGCGCCAGCAGCUGUUUCAGGAAUUGCGGGGAGUGCACCUGCUGACUGAUGCGCUGGAGCUGACACUGGGAAUGACCCCCGAAGAGAACCCGCCUGAGCUCCUUCCUCCCCAGGAGACUGAGCGGGCCAUGGAGAUCCUCAAAGUGCUCUUCAACAUCACCUUCGAUUCCAUCAAGAGAGAGGUGGACGAGGAAGAUGCUUCCCUUUAUCGGCACCUGGGGACCAUCCUGCGGCACUGUGUGAUGGUUGCUGCUGCUGGAGACCGCACAGAGGAGUUCCACGGCCACACUGUGAACCUCCUGGGAAACUUGCCCCUCAAGUGUCUGGACGUCCUCCUUACCCUGGAGCCACGCAAAGGCUCCUUGGAGUUCCUUGGAGCAAACAUGGAUGUGAUUCAUGUCCUUCUCAGCUUCCUGGAGAAGCGUCUGCACCAGACGCACAGGCUGAAAGAGAGCGUGGCCCCCGUGCUGAGCGUGCUGACAGAGUGUGCCCGCAUGCACCGCCCUGCCAGGAAGUUCCUGAAGUCCCAGGUGCUGCCCCCACUGCGGGACGUGAGGACCCGGCCCGAGGUUGGGGAGUUGUUGAGGAACAAGCUCGUUCGCCUCAUGACACACCUGGACACUGAUGUGAAGAGAGUGGCCGCUGAGUUCCUUUUUGUCCUGUGCUCUGAGAAUGUGCCCCGAUUCAUCAAGUACACGGGCUACGGGAAUGCCGCCGGCCUCCUGGCUGCCAGGGGCCUCAUGGCGGGGGGCCGGCCUGAGGGCCAGUAUUCGGAGGACGAGGACACAGACACCGAUGAGUACAAGGAAGCCAAGGCCAGCAUAAACCCAGUGACCGGGAGGGUGGAGGAGAAGCCGCCCAACCCCACGGAGGGCAUGACGGAGGAGCAGAAAGAGCAUGAGGCCAUGAAGCUGGUGAACAUGUUUGACAAGCUCUCCAGGCACAGAGUCAUCCAGCCCAUGGGGAUGAGUCCCCGGGGUCAGCUGACAUCCCUGCAGGAUGCCAUUUGUGAGACCAUGGAGGGGCAGCUCUCCUCGGAACCCGACUCAGACCCCGACUGAGGACAGCAGUCUUCUGUUCCCCCUUCAGAACUGGUGCUGCUUCCAGAGAUGUCCUUGGGACUGUGACCCGGGGAAGCCAUGUCCCUCUCUCCAGCUCAGAGACCCUUUCUCUUUACUUCAAAAUUCUGUUAAUGAUUUGUCUCUGGUCCAAUUUCUUAUCUUUAGGACUGUGAGGGCCUUGUCCUGCUGCAGCUCUGGGAACUCAGCCUUGAUUUCCACAGAUGAAGUAGUUCUCAUGUGUGUGCCAAGAGGAUGUAUGCAGAGGCUGAUGCCUGGGGCAGAGGCUGAGCGCGGGCACACACAAACAUUUUCUAGGUCUGGCAUGCAUGCCCAGAGCUUCCAUGUCAAGCAAGCGCUGCAGUUCACGGGAAAAGAACUUGCUAGAACUGUGUAUACUAGUGUCAGAAACAUACUUCCAAGGUAUGCUGUGCUGUUUCUGUCCCCACUGAGCUCAGGACUGGUAGCCUCGUACGCCUCCUUGGUCCUCGCUAAGCUGUCUGCUGUAGUAUCCACAGCACCCAAGCUCUCACUGGUGGUGACAGUGGAAUCCUGACCAUAAACAUAUGAAGGGAAGUGCACCUCUUAAAGCCCUAAGUCUGGAUUUCUGUCACAUGCCACAAAGCAUCACAAAAACAUCAUCUUGGAAUAAAGAGUUUGAAGCAAAA